AUGACUGGAGACCUGGACCAGGACGGAAGUCCGCAUGGUCAAGCCCACUCAUCAUCCUCUUCAUCAUCACCAUACUCCUUCUCGUCCAGCUCGCUCAGCACACCCACUCACAACGACAAACACGCCUCACCCGACCAGGAAACUGUGACAAUUGUUCGUCAUACCUCAAGAGACCGCGUCUCUUUUGGUCUCGAUACCGAUGCAGAAGGUUUUUCCUCAGACGAGCCACAACCAAAGGAGAGCCGUAUCCGGUGGGCGAUACUGGGGGCCGCCUGUCUAGUCCUCUUUGGCAACUACUACGCAUUCGACAACCCAGCAGCACUAAACCAGCCACUCCAGGAAUACAUGGGCAUGUCCAAUGAUACCUACGCCUAUUUCCUCAACAUUCUUUAUACAUCGUACUCGCUACCCAACAUUGUCUUGCCUUGGUUGGGAGGGUACGCAUCGGAUAUCUUUGGUCACCGCCGGCUACUCAUCUUCCUCUCAUCGAUUGUUGCGUUUGGACACUUUGUCGUCUGUCUGGGAGUUGAGCGGAAGAGUGUCCCCAUGAUGGUGCUUGGGCGAGUUCUCUUUGGCGCUGGUGAGAGUCUGGCGGUCGCCCAAUCGGCGAUCACGGUCAAGUACUUUCAAGGCAAGGAAUUGGCCAUGGCCCUGGGCAUCAACCUAUGUAUCGCACGUCUCGGAAGUGUGUUGAACGACAUCCUGACCCCCUAUAUCUGGUCUCGAUCGAAUGUCCCAUCCGCCUUCUGGGGAGGCUUUGUGUCAUGUAUCCUCUCCUUCAUGACCGCAUGUCUCUUAGCGUGGCUGGACCGACGAUACGAGUCUGAGGUUGCGUCAGGAUUCUCUCGAGUGCCAACUCACCCGACCGAUGGUCGCUUUUCCCUUGAAGUAUUAGACACAGGAGCAGCAUCAACAAACGUCCACCGAUAUGAUCCCCCAACGGCGGCUGCAAAUAAGUCACGAAGAGCUACUACCUCGGCAGAAGUCAUUGGAAUGGAGUCACUGGGGAGCAAACGACCCAUGGGUGUUGACGGUCUGGAGGAGGGGGGGAUUACUUCGUCAGAUGACAGCGAGGAUAGCUCUCGUGAGAGCGUGGACCACAGGAAUAGCCAGGAUCUAAUAGUACGCGACAGAGUGUCGUCGAGGACCUCUAUUCGUAGCAGGAACAGGACAGAUGGAAACGGCAACGGAUCGUCAUCAUCAGCCAGGGCGAACUGUCUACGCAUUUUGAAACCCGUGUGCGAUUACUCUCAAUCGGCCUGGGUCUUUUUCCUGAUGACGCUGUUGAUGGUCGGUGUCCAAGUGCCGUUCAACAGUAUCCAUGCGGGAUUCCUUCAGAUGAGAUGGUAUCACAACGAUCCUCAGAAAGCCGCACAAAUCAUGACAGUUCCCGACCUCUUUUCAGCGAUCCUCGUCCUCCCCGUCGGAUACUUUGUGGAUCACUACGGCCAAAAGACAUGGCUCUUCAUGUUAUGUGGACUUAUCAUUGGAUCGUCUCAUUUUGUCUUGGGGAUCAUCCCCGUCCCAAGCCCCGUCCCUGCCCUGGUCGCCCUGGGGAUCGCCAGCGCUAUCGGCGCCAUCUUCACUAGCGCCAUCCCUGUCUUGGUCAAACCGCAUCAAAUUGCCACCGCGUAG